CGGCAUACGAAAUGCAACAUAAGGAGAUCGCGGAUCCCAAGAAGCCGGCACUAAGGCGGUACGUAGGUACUUACCUAUAGUAGUCCUAGAGGUAAACAGGGGAUCAUACGAUAAGGAUAUGCGAUAACGCCACUGUCAGGCAGUGUCCAGCUUGCAAACUUUCAGGGUUCAUUUUAUUCUGACAGAGAAUGAUUGGACCCCUUUAAAAAAUUGAACACUGCUAUUAGUCCAUUAAAAUCCGCGUUUCCUGCAAUUGUUUUAACUCCUAUUCUUUCCGAGGAACCUCAUUUUUUUUCUUUCAACCUUCUGUCUCUUUACAGGUUGUUUCAUCGUAGCUUUAUCUGAUUUUCUAGACAGCUGGGUUUCCUCCGCUCUCUAGUUAAUUGUCGCUCCUUAGAUUUAGCUACAAAACUCCCCUCAUCAUCAAGAUGCCUGGGCGAACCUUACCGACACUCACCCAAGCCGAGGUCGAGUCGCAUAACACCGCAAAGUCCUGUUAUGUUACCAUCGGUCCCAAUGUUUACGAUGUAACCGACUUCGUCGAAUCCCAUCCCGGUGGUCCCGACCUAGUCCUUGAAUAUGCCGGAAAAGAUGUCACCGAUAUUCUCAAAGAUGACGACUCUCAUAAACACUCCGACUCCGCCUACGAGAUAUUAGAAGAGUCGCACAUCGGAAUCUUAGGAACUAAAAAAGUCAAUGGCAACGCGCAGAAUGGGAGUGCUACAGGGUCCCAGGCCAACGGAGAGACUCCUUUUGUCCACCCCCGGACAGGCAUGUCCUGCGAGGAGGAUUUGAGCAAGGAGACGGACUAUGGCAAUGAUUACAAACAGCACAAGUUUCUUGACUUGAAUAAGCCUCUCUUGAUGCAGGUAUGGACUGGUGGUUUUAGCAAGAGGUUCUACCUGGACCAGGUCCAUCGGCCGAGACAUUACAAAGGAGGUGCUUCUGCGCCUUUGUUCGGAAACUUCCUCGAGCCGCUCAGUCUAACUCCUUGGUGGCUGGUGCCUAUUAUCUGGUUGCCUCCAGUUGGGUACGGUACCUACUUGGCUUCCCAAGGAUUCGAAACUACUUCAGGGGUAGUUGCUAGUUGGGUGCUUGGUCUAUGUCUAUGGACUCUCAUAGAAUACAUUCUGCACCGAUGUCUUUUCCAUCUUGACGAGUAUCUACCGGACAAUAGGGUCGGAAUUACACUGCACUUCCUGCUUCACGGUGUCCACCACUAUCUACCAAUGGACAAGUAUCGUCUAGUGAUGCCUCCUACACUCUUUCUAGUACUUGCGACUCCUUUCUGGAAAUUGGCACAUUCGCUAUUCUUCUGGAACUGGUACCUGGCCACCGCUGUUUUCUGCGGCGGUAUCUUCGGAUAUAUCUGCUACGACUUGACGCACUACUUCCUUCACCACCAGAACCUCCCUCUCUGGUACAAGGAUCUCAAGAAGUACCACCUUGCCCAUCAUUUCCUAGACUACGAGCUGGGCUUUGGCGUAACCAGUCGGUUCUGGGACCAAGUAUUUGGUACCGAGCUGGUCACCGUGGUCAAGGCAAAGUAAGAUGCUACCACGGCUUCGGCCAAGAGGCUUAUUCAAACCAAGACGGAUAUGGCGAUACGUGUUGAUCGCUCACAAGGUGCAAUGACUGAGGACCGGGGUUCUCGGAGGUUAGGUCGGCAAAUA